ACUACAACGGAGGUGUCAUGUUCAUUGUCAACUUGGGCCGAAUGGAGAGAAUGGUCGGAUUGUUCUGACACUUGCGGUUCCUGUGGCACUAGACAGAGGUUCAGAGCCUGCAACAAGUCAAGGCCAGAUUGUCUAUGUGAAGGGACUGCCUAUGAGAAGGAGGUCUGUAAUCGAGCUGUAUGUAAAUAUCCUCGUCCGACAGCGUGUUGUGCUGGCUAUACAGCGGCGUCGUACCAAGGUCAAUUCUACUGCAUGAGCACCGCUGCAAGGCCCGUCAUAGUGUGA